AUGCAAUUAGUUGAUGUGAAGCACACCUAUAUUCUUGGAAGUCUUGACCUCCUAGAUAAAGCUGGGAAAUAUAAUAUUGAAGAUUUAUCCUCAGAAGAAUUUUCAAAUUCUUUUCCUGUUAAUACAACACCUGCAUCCAAAGAUGCUCUUGAUGGUUCUAACUCAACCUCUUCUCAGGGGAACAAGAAGACCAAAACUGGUGAAAAUUGGUUGAAGAAACUGUUAUUCAAGAAAAUAUUUUGCAUUCAAUUGCCAAAACCACUAAUACAUUCAGAAAUGUUGAAUUUCUUGAAUAUUAUAAUAAGCUCAAGAAAAUAUGGAGAACCUGCGAAACAGAAUAGUGAAGGUUAUUCAGAUAGUGAAGGGGUCAAAGAUGAAAUUAUUUCAGAGAUGAAAAAAGAAGUCUGCAAUUUGGAUGGGUUAAUAGCAAAAUUUCAAUAUCUAUCUCAUGCUCUUCCUAUCUCACUAAAACAAUAUAAUGAAUUAUUAUAUCCAGAAAUUUAUAUCAUUAAAAGUAUAGCAAGCCAUCUAAGCACAAUUACAAAGAUGGAAAGAAUUACUGAUAACACUAUGGAAUGA